AUGAACUCUCCUGCUACAGUUAGAUUCAAUGACCCUCCAGUCACCGAAUAUAACUCAAUGGAUGUGGAUGAAUCAACCGUGUCCCGGAUGUCAACAGAUCAAUUAAAUCUUGGGCCAGCUAAUGACCCAGAAUCAUGUUCUGUGUCAUCCAAUGGUCCAGAGGUCUUUUCUUCAAUUUCUGAUCAUUCACCUCCGGCUCAAUGUGAUCAACCAGGCCUCCCUGUUCACCUGGACCUAUACCUUGGGCCUGAGGAUGACCUGAUGGCUGGGAUGCAUGAUCAAUCACUUCUGGCCCAACCUGAUAUGCCGGGUCUAGCCAUCCACCUGGAUCUCUACCUCAGGCCUGAUGAAGAUAUUAUGACUGAGAUCCCGGACCUGUACCUCGGGCCUGAUGAAGAUUUUAUGCCAGAAUUCCCUGAUAAAUCUCUUCCUGCCCAACCUGAUCAACUGGGUUUCCCCAUUCACCCAGACAUGUACUUAGGGCCUGAAGAUGAUCUGAUCGACUGUGAGGUGAAGCAGGAGUGUGCUGAUUCAGAUAGUGAGGUCUCAGGUGCACCGGUAGUAUCCAGGGCAUUUCAAUCCAUUCAAGAUCGGGUCAGGAUUACAAACAGCGACACGGACAUAUUCCCGACCCAUCCAUCCAACAACUACUCGAGGCUGAGAGACCAUUCCGAACUGCCUGGGCAGAAACAUCUGACAAACUCAGAAGAGCUGAUGAAGACCUCCAGAGGCUGCAAAGAGCUGAACAUUUGA